GUUUGCCGAGCGUCGCGGCGCACGCCGGCCAGUCAAUCAGCGGCAGAGCUGAGGAGGGCACAGCCGCGCAGCCGAGGGCAGAGUUAGCCGAGCCGUGCCGAUCCAGGCGAGCGGACCAAGCGCCGGGCAGCCCGAGCAGCGCGCUGCGAACGCCUGCCACUUUCCACUCCUUCCCUGCGUCUCUGCCCCGCCGGCCAGGCAGCCCUCCGGGUCCGCUGUCCCCCGCGGAGCCCCGAGGUCACCGGCCCGCGCCUCCGCGUCCCUGGGCAGCGUGCCGCCUCGGUUCCCUCCUCCUCCUCCUCCCCCCCGGGCGGGCGCCUGGCACCGGGAACCGUUGCCCGACGCGUGAGGCCCAGCUCCAGUUUUCGCCCCGCGUCUCCUCCUACUCCUCCUCCAACUCCCAACUCCUUCGCCCGUGCGCUUCACUCGCGAGCCCGGACUCCGCGGCCCCCUGCACGCGCGCCCUUAGCGCCGCUUCCCGUCUGGUCUUAAAGGUGGGAGCGCGCGCUUCCUGGCCCGCACCAUGGCACGGCUUGGCUUGCCCGCGCUCCUCUGCACCCUGACCAUGCUCAGUGCCGCGCUGUUGGCUGCCGAGCUCAAGUCGAAAAGUUGCUCGGAAGUGCGACGUCUCUAUGUGUCCAAAGGCUUCAACAAGAACGAUGUCCCCAUCCAAGAGAUCAAUGGUGAUCAUUUGAAGAUCUGUCCCCAGGGUUAUACCUGCUGCUCUCAAGAGAUGGAGGAAAAGUACGGUCUGCAAAGUAAAGAUGAUUUCAAAAAUGUUGUCAGCGAGCAGUGCAAUCAUUUGCAAGCCGUCUUUGCUUCCCGCUAUAAGAAGUUUGAUGAAUUCUUCAAAGAACUACUUGAAAAUGCAGAGAAAUCCCUGAAUGAUAUGUUUGUGAAGACAUAUGGCCGCUUAUACAUGCAAAAUUCUGAGCUAUUUAAAGAUCUCUUUGUAGAGUUGAAGCGCUACUAUGUGGCGGGAAAUGUGAACCUGGAAGAAAUGCUAAAUGACUUCUGGGCUCGCCUUCUGGAGCGGAUGUUCCGCCUGGUGAACUCCCAGUACCACUUUACCGACGACUAUCUGGAAUGUGUGAGCAAAUACACAGAGCAGCUGAAGCCCUUUGGCGACGUACCUCGCAAACUGAAGCUACAGGUCACUCGUGCAUUCGUAGCAGCCCGCACUUUUGCUCAAGGCUUGGCAGUUGCAAGAGAUGUAGUGAGCAAAGUCUCCGUGGUAAAUCCCACAGUCCAGUGUACCCAGGCCUUGUUGAAGAUGAUCUACUGCUCCCACUGCCAGGGUCUUGUGAGUGUGAAGCCAUGUUACAACUACUGCUCCAACAUCAUGAGAGGCUGCCUGGCCAACCAAGGGGACCUCGAUUUCGAGUGGAACAAUUUCAUAGAUGCUAUGCUUUUGGUGGCAGAGAGGCUGGAGGGUCCUUUCAACAUUGAAUCUGUCAUGGACCCCAUCGAUGUAAAGAUUUCUGACGCUAUCAUGAACAUGCAGGAGAACAGUAUGCAAGUGUCUCAGAAGGUUUUCCAGGGCUGCGGCUCCCCCAAGCCUCUCCCAGCAGGCCGAGUUUCUCGUUCCAUCUCCGAAAGUACCUUCAGUGCUCGCUUCAGACCCUAUCACCCUGAGGAACGUCCCACCACGGCAGCUGGCACAAGUUUGGACCGACUGGUUACUGAUGUCAAGGAGAAACUGAAACAGGCCAAGAAGUUCUGGUCCUCCCUUCCUAGCAACGUUUGCAAUGAUGAGAGGAUGGCUGCGGGAAAUGGCAAUGAGGAGGAGUGCUGGAACGGAAGAGGCAAAAGCAGGUACCUGUUUGCAGUGACAGGAAAUGGAUUAGCCAACCAGGGCAAUAACCCAGAGGUCCAGGUCGACACCAGCAAACCGGACGUACUGAUCCUGCGUCAAAUCAUGGCUCUUCGUGUUAUGACCAGUAAAAUGAAGAAUGCAUACAAUGGGAAUGAUGUGGACUUCAUUGAUAUCAGUGAUGAAAGCAGUGGAGAAGGAAGUGGAAGUGGAUGCGAGUAUCAGCAGUGCCCUUCGGAGUUUGAGUACAACGCGACUGACCACACUGGGAAGACCGCCAGUGAUAAAAAAGCAGCCGAUGGCGCUGGUGCCCGCCUUGGGGCACAGCCCUACCUCCUCACUGUCUUCUGCAUCUUGUUCCUGGUUAUGCAGAGAGAGUGGAGAUAAUUCUCAAAGUUGAAGGAAAAAAAAAAGUUCAUCAAAAAGUUAAAAGGCACUGGUUAUCACUUUUAUACCAUCCUAGUGACUUUGCUUUUUAAAUGAAUGGACAACAAUGUACAGUUUUUACUAUGUGGCCACUGGUUUAAAAAAUGCUGACUUUUGUUUUUUCAUUCAGUUUUGGGAGAAAGAAGGGAUUCAUACGUUAAGUUGGUUCCUGCUCCCCCAGACUCAUGUUAAACGUGGCUAAUAGUGUAGGUACAGAACUGUAGUUACUUGUGCAUUUGUGAUUUUAUCACCCUUUUGUUUGUUUGUUUCUUUGUUGUUUCAUUUUGUUUGUGGGGUUUUUUUUCCAGUUACGAUCUUACCUUGUUUCUUACAAGAAAACCAGGGUCCUUUCUUGGCAUGUAACAUGUACGUAUUUCUGAAAUAUUAAAUAGCUGUACAGAAGCAGGUUUUAUUUAUCAUGUUAUCUUAUUAAAAGAAAAAGCCCAACAAGCCGUAAAAUUUCCAUUUAUCACUGUUAUUUUCGUUGCCUUAUCGGGCAAGAAGUAGAGGUGAUUUUGUUUUUGAUUUUUAUUAUUAAGUGAGAACAGAAUGUGAAGGCACAAGCAGGCUUCUGAGCCACUUGCCAGAUUGUAUUCAAGCAUUAACGCAAGAAGAAGGUUAUAUACUUCAUUUAAAGCUGGUGAUUGGAAGAGACUGCAGACUACUCAUUUUGGUUGAGUUCAAUUGGCAUAAGCUAGGAUCACAUAUCAGUCCAUUUCUUCAGCCUGCUUUUGCUUCAAGUGUAACCCAUUUAGGAAGAUUCUCGAUUCAGACUGCCUUCAAAGAUAUAAGGCAAUCAAAAUGUCACAGCUGUUCACACAUUCACACUUAGUUUGGGCAUGUUUUUUGUUUUGUUCUGGUUUUAACUGGCAAGUUAGUAAGCCACUUUCUGCUGGUCUUCAUGUCCACAUUGAUCCAGAGAUAAGUAACCAAUAGUCUCAUUUGAUCCUCCUUAUUACAGUGGUCCAGAUUUCAAAUCCCCCCAAUGCACCGGGAGCUGUCUGGGGACUAGCCAAGAAUUGGGAUACAGCCUGGGCUCAAGGAAUAGCUGUCAGCAAGCACAAGCAAAGCUUUUGUCUAUGCAUGUGUCAUUUGCAUUUGUUUUGGGAUCCCAGUUUUUUUUUUUUUUUUUUUUUUAAUUACAGGCUGUCUUAUUUGAGUCUUUUCCUUAUCCAACCCCCUCUGAUCCGAAAGGCCAAGGACUUGGUGUGGUUCACAGCUGUAUGCUACCUUAUCAGCCAAGAAACUCACUUGGGGAGAACUGCAUGUCCAGAUUUUCUCCUGCGUUGUUUUUAUUUUAUUUUUAUUUUUUGGGUGGGGGGCUGUGGGGAAGAGGGAUGGGGGUUAGAUAGAGCUGAGAAGACUACAUCUUAAUGGGGACCCUUAGCCGCAUGGGGGAACUGGUGAAGGCCGUAUCUGUUGUCCCAGGCCAAAGACUUAACAACUGCCUUGGCCCCUGUGGAACCCUUUCCUUGUCUCCAUACCAAAUGACAGCUCAUAAAAUUAUGAGGAUGUAACGAAUCACUUUAAAAGGAGUUACCAAAAGCCUUUAGAAAAGACUAAAAUUCUGCAAGUCUCUUCCUGCUUUAGAAAGCCAUUGAGAGCCCAGUAAUUCUACAGAAGUUAAAACCCACAGAGAAGUUGUUUUUGUUACUGUUCAAUCUUCAGUUGUAAGAGUAAUUCUCUAUUUUUAUAUUGAAGCAUAAUUACUUGAUAGCUCAGGGUCUACAAUUCAUUCAAUUUUUUACACCAAAUUCUGCAGAAUGGUCAAAAUGGAAUUUGGGGGGCUGUUGUAAACAGAGGCUUAAUUUUAUUAGAAGUAGCCAGUUAUUUAUUAAAGCAUGAUGUUACUAAAAUAGGCAUAUUCUGGCUGGUGUGUAUGAGUGUGGUUUUUUAAAAAUAAAUCACAGAAAACAUAAAAUUGAAAAGGUACACCAUUUAUGUAUGAGGAAAAAUGGAUUGUAAAUAGCUAAGCUGCCUUGUGAGAACUUGGAAAAUGUGCUGAUACUUAGUAACUACCUCAGUUGUAAGGAAUUUCCUUUUUAGCUUAGAUUGCUAUUACUUUUACUUGGUAGAAAUGAAUCUGGUCUCCAAAAUGUGACUCAAAGAGUUAUCCCCGUAGACCUUGUUAGAUUGUUUUUAAUUUAAAACCUUGAACUCUGCCCAGCUGGUUUCUUUCAGUCAAGUUCUCUAAACCAAUAACAUUUUCCGAAUUAAAUAUUCUUGAAAGUU